AUGGUCGAUCAGAUUCAGCAACCUGUGGAUAUUGUUAUUCCAUGGUUAGAUAGUAGUGGUUUAAACGACGACAACGACGAGGAGGAUACUCAACGAGAAAGUCGAACACAUACAAAACUCGUAGAUAUUUCUUCGUACAAAACAAAUAUGACAAUACGUCCUCUGUAUUUAAUCAAACGAAAGAAAUAUUUUGAAACAAUCUUAAGGGAAUUGGCAGCUCGAAAUCGUAUUCUUGUCAAAGGCUUCAAUACCUAUGCUUACUUUUCAUGUAAAAAAGACGUCAUGCAACGACAAAUCAAUCAACAUCUGACGAAUACAAAUAGUUAUUUGUUAUAUAUGGAAUUUACUAAGAGCAAUUCCUAUUUCACGAAGAAGUAUUUAAAGCUGAUCAAUAACGAAUUCAUAUUUGCAUUGCAUAACUUUCUACAAAGCAACCGAAUAACAUUGCAUCAAUGGAUAUUAAUGACACCUAACCAGUCCAAAUUACGUCUACAAACGUUGUAUUUUCUACCAGAUACAGAUACGGAAAAUGUUAUAUUUCAUCCGAUGUCAUGCUGUAGAGAUUCUCUUACGAUACGUUUGUCGCAAUUUUUACGCCGUCAAAUCGAACCCAUCUAUAGAAGAACGACUUUAGCGACAACUUUUAAGCAAGGCGCUGAUUGUGUUCAUGCUUUAAUGAAAUAUACUGGAGAGAAACGUCUCCGUUCGACAACUUUAUUUGCGACGAUCUAUAUUCAUGAUUUAUGCACUGUCUAUUCACAUGAAGAAAUGUUAUAUUUAUUAGAACGCUUUCUACAUGAACAUGUUUCCGACAGUCAUGAAAUCGAUGGUCUGUCCAUAUCGACAUUGGUCGAGCUUGUUCGUUUGUUUCUCGAUAAUCAAUAUAUUGUCUAUGGUUAUAAAUUAUAUCGACAUGUACGCGGAAGUCCAGUUAAAUCGCCAUUGACUAGUGUAUUAGCGAAUAUUUACAUGUAUUAUUGGGAACAAGAACUCAUCACUACACUACGCGAUCAACAAGAAAUCUAUGGCAGACGUCUCGAUAAAAUCUUUCUCACAUGGAAUAAAUCGGAGGAAGCUCUUCAUCAACUUAUCGAAACGAUAAAUACAGCAUCCAAUAGGUAUCAUCUUCAUCUGACGAAAACGAUCAACAACAACAAUAUUACUUAUCUUGAUGUCAAUAUGAGUCAUAUUGGCCAUCGAUUGAGAACAACAGUGGCACAUAACAUCACAACGCAUCCGUAUGCACUACCCUAUGUCUAUGGUCAUCAAACAUCGCGUGUCCUUACUCUAUUACGAUCGUGUUUAAUGCGCGCUGCCCUGUGUUGUUCAGAAUUCUAUGAUUUUAUUAAUGAAUGUCAUGAUAUACAGGUAUCAUUCGAAUACAAUGGUUUCCAUUAUGAUUACUUUCCAACGGGUCUCGCCUUGUUUCUACACGAUUUUCAUAUCGACGAACUACGACUGGAUCUUAAUGAAGCAGUUUAUAAUUCUCGUCUUUAUGUACAGUUACGUCAAAAUAUUUUUCAAGCCAUUCAUGGGCCGCCAACAACAACAACAACAACAACAACAACAACAAACACACAAACAGAGCAGUGA